GGCACGGUGACGUGAAGGAGGCCGAGUCGUACACGGUCAGAGCCGCUGUUAGUGCUGCAAGACUGGAAUUACUUUCAAACAUUGAAGAGACGCACACUAUGCUGAAACAUUAUCUUGUCUCAAAAGGAGGAGACGCAAACCUGUCGCUCUGACAUCGACCUUUACCGCCCGGAAACCCGUUAGCUGUGCCAGCUAACGCAAGCUAGCUCAGUUAGCUAUUACAUACCCUCGUUUUUUUCCACGCAGCUGACCUACACAAACAACAACACAGCCGUGCUCAGUAUCAUUUGCUUGCUAGGUUGGGGUCGCCUGUGGUGCCCCGUGGACGGUUCUCGUCGAAUAUGAUACAUAAUGAGUCAAAGAGAUACUUUAGUUCAUCUGUUUGCUGGAGGAUGUGGGGGCACAGUAGGAGCCAUACUGACAUGUCCACUGGAAGUAGUGAAGACACGUCUGCAGUCGUCCUCUAUCACCCUCUAUGUGUCUGAGGUUCAGCUCAGCACUGUCAACGGGGCCAGCAUGGCCCGCAUGUCCCCACCAGGGCCCCUGCAUUGCCUCAAAUUGAUAUUGGAGAAAGAAGGACCUCGUUCUCUCUUCAGGGGCUUGGGGCCAAACUUGGUGGGCGUGGCACCUUCCAGAGCAAUCUACUUUGCUGCUUACUCCACUGCCAAAGAAAAACUGAACGGCAUAUUGGAGCCAGACUCCACACAGGUUCACAUGGUCUCGGCUGGAAUGGCAGGUUUUACAGCCAUUACAGCAACCAAUCCAAUAUGGCUCAUAAAGACCCGUCUACAACUGGAUUCUAGGAAUCGAGGUGAGCGAAGGAUGAAUGCGUUUGAGUGUGUGCGGCGGGUGUAUCAGUCAGACGGCCUGCGAGGCUUCUACAGGGGUAUGUCGGCAUCGUAUGCUGGUAUCUCAGAGACUGUGAUCCACUUUGUGAUCUAUGAAAACAUCAAACGGCGCCUCUUGGAGGCCAAGGCACCACAGAACAUGGACGAGGAAGAGGAAGCAACCAAAGAUGCUUCAGACUUUGUAGGGAUGAUGCUCGCUGCUGCCACCUCCAAGACCUGUGCCACAAGCAUCGCUUAUCCUCAUGAGGUGAUCCGCACCAGGCUACGCGAGGAGGGUACUAAAUAUCGGUCCUUCUUCCAGACUCUAACGACGGUGCCCAAAGAGGAGGGCUACCGCGCUCUUUACCGCGGCCUCACCACUCACUUGGUACGACAGAUCCCCAACACCGCUAUCAUGAUGUGCACCUACGAGCUGGUGGUCUACUUCCUGAACGGUUAAAGUCUUCCCCCUCCUUAGAGAGUACAUGUAACCCUGCCCUUGUUCAGAGACAGAGAAAGAGAGCGACUGCACACCAGCUAGCACAACGACCUGCUUGCCCGAAGAGGACCCAAUAUGGCACCAUGACCUUUGUGUCAGUGACGCGAGUGGUUGUUAAAAAUAAAUAGGGAGUUUUGUUUUAUAACCAAAGGGUCUGGUACAGGAUUGAAAAGUUCCUCUUAUUGAUUUGGGAUCUGGGUUUUAGCAGUGGAAAAGAAAAGGUUGCCCUCCCUCACCUUACUCUAUUGAAAUGUUAUUUUCAUUUUUUAUUCCAUCCUAUUUUCCCUUCGGUUACAUACGCUGCUUGUGCAAGCUCUGAUUCAUAGUGCUGAAGAAAGAACCCGAGUUACAGUAUAUUCUGCCUCUAACAAUACUAAUGGAAGAGAAGUACAUUAAUUCUAGUCCUUACAAUCUAAUGGAAACGAAACCCUCUCCAGCUGUAGGUUUUACUGUCAUGGUGAUGAUCAGUUUUUAAAAUAUAGUAGUAUCAUGCAGUAUUCCCUGCAGCCCUUAGAGUACCACUAGAGGCCCAAACUGUAAAGACGCCAAGAGUCAGGAGCUACCACGCAUCCUUUUGAGCUGAAAUAUCUCAAGAGGGUUCCGAAGUUUUUGGAGAACAAGGAGCAGUCAGUGCUUGACGCUUGUUGAGUUUUAAUAAACAGAGGGGGGAAAUGUGGAGGGAGGGGGAAACGUGCCUUGUGUGAUAAUGUGAUGUAGACUAAGAUGCACAAUGCUGUAGGAGGAGGUAGAGCUGUGGUUGACCUGUCCAGGCACGAUACAAAAAGUGUAGAAACGUAGUUGAACACUGUUUUUGGGUGAUUUCGUUCACCCAGGGAACCCUCUUGCAUAUUGUGAACAAACAGCUGACACGCUCACCUAAGGGUUUUUUAACCUUACUGGUCGUGAUUUACAUACAUUUACAACUCUUGACACUAAAUACCUACACGGAACCCUUCUGUAAAUGGCGUUUUUUUUAAAUCAAAAACCGCUUGGUUAUGUGGAAGAAGCGUAGUCACUAAUCAUAGGCUAAAACAUCGCCGAACUAAACCAGAAUAAGAGCCGCCUUUCUAACUACUGGAAUGUAAAUAAACGGGAGAAAUAACCUUACUAAAGGCAAGGAAGUAAAAACACUGACCCAUGAUGUGAAUAUAAAUUAAUACUUAAAUAUAAUUAACUAACUUUAACAAAUUGUACUAUUGAUAGAUAUAUUAAAUAGGUAUGCCAACAUAACGUGAUUGUGAUUCAGUUUCUUUAGAAGAGACAGAGAUGGGGGGUGGGGUGGGGGCGGGUUUAUAUGUUAGUUGUUAUCUUUUUCUCAAACAACAGUGUCAUUCUUACAGCACUUUUUUCAACGUUUCUCCGGAAUCUUCAUCUCAUUUUGUUUUCCCCUCAGUUGGAGAAUCCAGGCUAGUUUUACAGGCGGGGACAAUCCUCUUGAGUUUACUCUGGAAACGUGUGGUACAGUUUAGUCAGUGUGUGGAGGAGGUAGUGAGGAAUAUGUUUCUCAUAAGCGCACAUUAAUCAAAUGCAGACCAGUAUGAAGAAAAUAUUGUUAAAACCCCUCCAACCUCCUUGGAUUAUACAGUUAUUCACAAAACUACUACCUUUCACCUUUUUGUCAGUGCUUUAUGUACUUUGAUGUCCUUUUCAUGGAGUGGAAAGGUACGUUUUUGUUUUUUUCAUGCUUCCAUCAGUAACUUCCCUUCCAUAAUCAUGACACAAGAACCUAGUCUCUUUGUAUUGUGUGCAAUUUCAUCUCAAGUCAUGAACUUUAAAGGUGCAGAGUGUAGAAUUUAGUGGCAUCCAGCAGAACAGACUUGGCAAAAACAAUAUUCAUGAAUUGGUUUUAAUUAGUGUAUAAUUACCUGAAAAUAAGAAUGGUUGUGUUUUUGUUAAGUCAGAAUGAGCACUUUAUAUCUACAUAGGGAGUGGGUCCUCUUCAACAGAGGUCGAAGUGUUGUACGGCCAUGUUUCUACAGUAGCCCAGAAUGGACAAACCAAACGUUGGCUCUAGAGGGUGUAUUUCACAGGUUUUGCAGCCUCUGUGGGAUUCAGGUUAUUGCAAAUACAACCUCACUGCUACAUGCCACUAAAUCCUACACAAUGGUCCUUUAGGUGUGAGGCUUAGCCCGAAAUGCUAACACAAAUAAACUUCUCACUUUAAACAGCCCCUCCUGUGUAUUUUAACUCACAGUGAUAACUUAUCUAAACACUUCACUGCUUUAUUGGGCAACAGUGCUGGUGCGCAGCAGUAGGCAUGUCUGGCUCCCGUGGAAGGGAAGGGCAGUAUUUUUGGCAUAAAAUGCAACUCGACUAUGCUCACUUUCUCAGCGCCAGCAUACUUGAGUUAAGAUCGUCGAAAUAGCUUAGGUGUCUGGCCCCCCCCAAAACAGCCUCAAAUGCUUCUAAGACUAUUGACGUAAUCCUUAAUGUGAACACUUUUUCAGUUUUACAAUUUACAUGAAGGAUGCAUUAGAUUAGCCUCAGUGUGCAAAUCUCACCGGAGAUGUAUUCGUGCUUACAGACAAGUACCGUCAACACACACUACCGUCAUACCAUGGGUAACUCUGUUGCUGCUAGUAGUUUGUAUUCCAUGGUGCUGGCUACACUCCCAUGUGUUUUAAAACAGGACGGAUAGACGGUCCUUGCAGAUAGUGUGAGUUGAUUGUACAUAACCUUGAUAAAGGGUUGCUUCACCCAUUUUACAAAAAAAGAUAGUAUUACUUUGAGUAUCACAAUCAGAAUUCAAUUUUACUGUAAUGUAUUGAGGUGGUGACUGAAAAUGAAAACCUUUUUAGAAUACUGCUAGAUCUAAAUGAAUGCCUCAAUACUAUUAAUGAGAAAUUCUGAUUCAGAAUGUUUUUUUUUUUUUUUUUGUUUGUUUGGGUGAAAUGUCCCUUUAACUGUACGGUUAUAUGCAUCUCUUUUACCUAUAGCUGUGUCCGUUGUUUGUGAUUAUGAUGCAUUAUUCCCUUGCAUCCCAUGGUUAUUCUUUUUUUUGCACCCCCACACGUUUGCAUUGUGUGCCAGUGAGUGUGCGUGUAUUUCUUUUGCGUGUGCUUGCUUCAAAUGACAAUCGUAUGUCAUUCGGUCGUGUCUUGUGUGUAAGAGACCAUAGGAGUAUGUGUGCACUCAGUUGAAUAGCUGCAAACAGUGUUUUUAUCUUUUUAAAAUAAAUGGUUGCCUUUUCCUGACACCCUUUUGUUUGUUUUUUGUUGUUUUUUCCAUGUUGUCAUUGAUGAGCCAACUGUAAGUGAGGCUCAGUCUAUGCAUUCUCUCAUACCUGUUUUUUUAAACAAAAAAGUCAAUAAAAUGCAAAGAGUGCAAGUAUA